AGACCAAACCCAAUACAAAACGACACCAUUUUUCAACAUCAAAAAACAAACGCAGCAGAGAACACAAAAAGACACGACACAGGAGAGAAAAAUGGACAACAACGGAGACCAACCAGUGCCGAGGGUGGCGGUGGUCGUGUUUCUCUUGAAGGGAAGAUCUGUCCUCCUCGGCCGCCGCCGCUCCGCCGUCGGAAACUCCACCUUCGCCCUUCCCGGCGGCCACCUCGAAUUCGGGGAGAGCUUUGAGGAAUGCGCGGCGAGAGAGAUGAAGGAGGAAACGGGAUUGGAGAUUGGAAAAGCUGCAGAGCUGUUGACGGUGACCAACAACGUGAUGUUGGAGCAGCCGAAGAAGUGCCACUACGUCACCGUGUUCAUGAGGGUGGUGGUGGAUGCGGCGGCAGAUCAGGUGCCGCAGAAUCUUGAACCUGAAAAGUGUGAUGGUUGGGAUUGGUAUGAUUGGGACCAUUUGCCACACCCUUUGUUUGGGCCUCUUCACAAGAUGGUCAGUUCGGGCUUUCAUCCAUUUCCUCUCUGAUUUCGUUUUGUACUAAUUAAUCACAUGAUUUGCUUAAAUAGUAGUAAUUACAUACAUGGUAGGCUCGGCUCGCAUGAGACUAAUCCACUCGAUACCCAGAGAACUCAUUAAGUGGUGGAUAAGUCUUUCCCUACUAAUUCUUCCACGUACUCAGAAUCGUAUCGUAGACUAGAUGCUUAUAUAGUUCAAUUAUCUACAAAUUGUGUUAGACAUUAUUGGUAGUAGUAGUAGUAGUAAUUGUUUUAUGUGUUGUCUAAUACUUAAUUGCCGGUUGGGACCCUAUAUCAUGUGUAAUGUGUUGUUUGAACUCCGUUUACUACUAUUAGGUGGGUACUGUAAUUUAGCUUGAGCUGCAUAUGUAAGUGGCUUGUGAUUGUUUUUUUGUACACUAGUAGAUUGUGAUUGGGAAGAA